AUGGAACGAGCCGCUUAUCAGUGGGUGUCAGAGUACCUCAGCAAAGUCGAUGUCACUUCCGCAACCCACUCGGCUCCCCAAAAUGGACGCACACGGCCCCGUGCCUACCUUAUGCACCUUCUGACCUCCACUCCAUUUAGCGUCCGGGUUAGCCUCGAUGUUAACCAUCAACGUGGGUUGUGGGCCAUGAAGAGAAGGAAAACCCCAAAGUCAUUUGAAAGUGGUCGGCAGCGGAUUUGUUUCAUCAAAUCUGGCGACAUCGUUCAGAACCCUGUUAUCUUCAGUUAA